AUGUUACAUACAAAUGAAACAACCGAUUGUAUAAAUACAGGUGAUACAACAUGGGUUUUAAUAUCAUCAAUAUUAGUUUUAUCAAUGAUGCCAGCUUUGGCUUUUUUUGAAGCUGGUUUAUUAAAAAGUAUAAACACUGUUUCAUUAGUAACUCAAAUAAUUGGCGGAGCAUCAAUAUUAUCAGUGAUGUGGCAUUUGAUUGGUUAUACAUUAGUUUUUGGGCAUACAUAUAGAGGAAUAAUAGGAGAUUUCGAUAAUAUAUUAAUGCUUAAUGUUCCAUAUGAUAGUUGCUCUCGACAUGCACCAAAUAUUCCUGCUGCUUUAUUUGGAUUUUUUCAAAUGAUGUUUGCAGCAAUUUCACCAUUAUUAAUAACAGGAGCAUUCGCAGAAAGACUUAAAUAUAAAGCUUUUGUUAUAUUUAUAAUAGGUUGGGAAUUAUUUAUUUAUUAUCCAGUUGCACAUUGGAUCUGGGGAGAAGGAUGGUUAAAUACUAAAUUUGAAGCACAGGAUUUUGCAGGUGGAAUUGUCAUUCAUACGACAUCAGGUGUUUCAGCACUUAUUUGUGGAAUUGUUUUAGGACAAAGAAAAGAUUUUGAUAAAUAUGAUGGAGAAUUUCCUCCAUCAAAUUUACCAUUAGCAGCACUUGGAGGAGCACUUCUUUGGACAGCAUGGUUUGGUUUUAAUGCUGGUAGUGCUUUACAAAGUGGAUCAUUAGCUGUAUCAACUGUUGUUGCGACGCAAAGAUCAGCUGUUUGUAGUGGAGUUAUUUGGUUGAUUAUAUCAUGGAUAAGACAUAAACCAUCAGCUACAGCUGUUCUUAAUGGUGUUAUUGCUGGUUUAGCUGGUAUUACACCUUCAUCGGGUUAUAUCGAUCCUCAAUAUGGAGCUGUUAUUGGAGUUAUUCUUGGAUUUACUUCUUAUUCUAGUAUAUUAUUAUUUAAACAAAAAUUACGUAUUGAUGAUGCACUUGAUGUAUCAAGCGUUCAUGGUGUGACAGGUAUGAUUGGUUCCAUUGCAAUCGGAUUUUUUGGUCAAAAAUCUUUUAAUAAAGAUGGCAAAGAUGGUCUUCUAUUUGGAAAUCAUAGUCCAUAUCUACUUGGAGUUCAAAUCAUGUCUGUUGUUGUUACUGGUUUAUGGUCUGCUUUAAUAACAAUUAUUUUAUUGAAAAUUAUUGAUAAAAUUGUUGGAUUAAAAAUUGAGCACGAUGAAGAAUUAGGUUUAGAUGAAGAAGAACAUGGAGAACAAGCUUAUGGCUGGAGACAUUCACAUGUAUCAGAAGCAUUAACUGAAGAACAAAUACAUUCAAUUAUUCGUGGUUCUAUUAAUCAUCAUAUACAAAAUGAACAAAGAAGACUUUCACUUAUUCCAACAAACAAUAAACCAAUAAUAAUAAGACGACCUCGUUCAGAUAUAUCAAAAUUAGAGGAAACUUUAUAA